CCCCUCUUCCCGCCAGAUUCACCUCAACCUCUAAACCUUCCGACCAUAUCAACACCCUUCUUUCACUAUGGCGGACGGAGUCUACGAUGGUGCCAUUGGCAUCGAUCUCGGCACCACCUACUCUUGCGUUGCCAACUACGACGGCAACAAUGUCGAGAUCAUUGCCAACGAGCAGGGGAGCUUUACCACUCCCUCGUUCGUCUCCUUCACGGAGAACGAGCGGUUGAUUGGCGAGGCCGCCAAGAACCAGGCCGCCAUGAACCCGGCGAACACUGUGUUCGAUGUCAAGCGCUUGAUCGGCCGUCGCUUUGAUGACCCCACCGUCAAGAAGGACAUGGAGUCGUGGCCCUUCAAGGUCGUUGAUGACGAUGGCAACCCGAAGGUCGAGGUUGAGUACCUGGGCAGCAAGCACACUUUCUCGCCCCAGGAGAUCUCAGCCAUGGUUUUGACCAAGAUGAAGGAGAUUGCCGAGGUCAAGCUUGGCAAGAAGGUUGAGAAGGCCGUCAUUACUGUUCCGGCCUACUUCAACGACAACCAGCGUCAGGCUACCAAGGAUGCCGGUGCCAUUGCUGGCCUCAACGUUCUGCGCAUCAUCAAUGAGCCUACAGCUGCCGCCAUUGCGUAUGGUCUUGGCUCUGGGAAGUCUAACAAGGAAAGGAACGUCCUUAUCUACGAUCUCGGUGGCGGUACUUUUGAUGUCUCGCUUCUGAACAUCCAGGGUGGUGUCUUCACCGUCAAGGCCACCGCUGGUGAUACCCACCUGGGUGGUCAAGACUUCGAUACCAACCUCCUCGACCACUGCAAGAAGGAGUUCACGAGGAAAACCAAGAAAGAUCUCUCGGGUGACGCCCGUGCUCUGAGGAGGUUGAGAACCGCUUGCGAGCGCGCCAAGCGGACUCUGUCUAGCGGUGCCCAGACCACCAUUGAGAUUGACUCUCUCUUUGAUGGCGAGGACUUCAACAUGCAGAUCACGCGUGCUCGUUUUGAGGACCUGAACGCCAAGGCUUUCUCGGGCACUCUGGAGCCUGUUGCCCAGGUUCUCAAGGAUGCCGCCAUCGAGAAGAGCCAGGUAGACGAGAUCGUUCUUGUCGGCGGUUCUACUCGUAUUCCUCGCAUUCAGAAGCUUCUGAGCGAGUUCUUCGACGGCAAGAAGCUUGAGAAGAGCAUCAACCCUGAUGAGGCCGUUGCCUAUGGUGCUGCCGUGCAAGCCGGUAUCCUUUCCGGCAAGGCCACUUCGGCCGACACCUCGGACCUCCUUCUCUUGGAUGUCGUCCCUCUCUCCCUGGGUGUUGCUAUGGAAGGCAACAUCUUCGCUCCCGUUGUCCCCCGUGGCCAAACUGUUCCCACCAUCAAGAAGAGGACAUUCACCACGGUUGCCGACAACCAGCAGACCGUUCAGUUCCCUGUAUACCAGGGUGAGCGUGUCAACUGCGAGGACAACACUUCCCUGGGUGAAUUCACCCUUGCUCCUAUCCCCCCCAUGAAGGCUGGUGAGCCUGUCCUUGAGGUUGUCUUCGAGGUCGACGUCAACGGUAUCCUGAAGGUUACCGCCACGGAGAAGACAUCCGGCCGCAGCGCCAACAUUACCAUCUCUAACUCGGUUGGCAAGCUCUCGUCGUCUGAGAUUGAGAACAUGAUCAGCGACGCCGAGAAGUUCAAGAGCAACGACGAGGCCUUCAGCAAGCGGUUUGAGGCCAAGCAACAGCUCGAGUCUUACAUUUCGCGGGUCGAGGAGAUCCUUUCUGACCCCAUCAGGUCGCUCAAGAUCAAGCGUGGCCAGAAGGAGAAGAUCGAGCAGUCGCUCAGCGACGCCAUGGGUCAGCUCGAGCUCGAGGAUUCGACGGCCGAGGACCUGAAGAAGCGGGAGCUCGACCUCAAGAGGCAGGUAACCAAGGCCAUGUCGUCACGGUAAACGGCUAGGUUGGCGCUCGAAGGGUUAUUAACCUUCGCACAUGUACUUGGCGCAAUUGGGGGAGGUUACGAAGCCACGGUCUGGGUGCGGCCGGCAUACUGCGGGCAGCGACAUGCGGUAUGAUGGGAGGCGUCUUAUAUCUCGUCUGGUAAAGCGGGACCAAAAAGUUAGAUGGGAUCUAUCUGGGCUCAACCUGCGUUUCGCUGGGAGCUAUCUUCGGGAAGAGAAGGUGUGUAAAGAUUGCAACGACUGGGACUUUUUCCUCUUGAUUCUCACGACCCGAAUGCUCUUUGGCGUACUACAUGUAGACUUGGGAGGUUAUUCAAAACGCAUGGCAUACUCCACGUGGAUCCAGAAUUGAGUUGAGCAAAUGUGAUUCUUGAGCAACUUCUUUGCG